CUUAUACCAUACACAAAAUCCAAACAAGAAUAACAUAUUAAAAUCUUUCUCUUGAGAAAAAAUAUUCUUAUUCAAACACAUCAAAGAGAAGUAAGUAACAAUGGAGGCAAUGAAGAUGAAGAUGAUGGUAUUUGCUAUGGUUGUUGCGAUGGCUUUUUCUGCUGCGGCAGCCACCACCGUGGAAGCUCCGGCUCCAAGCCCAACCUCUGAUGCCGCUAUGUUUGUACCAGCAUUGUUUGCAUCUGUUGUUGCAUUGGCAUCUGGUUUCAUCUUUUGAUCAUUCUUUUGUUUUAACUCUAUUAUUUUAUUGUAUUUGUUAAUGAAGUUUGUGUGAUUUGGUUUCUCAUGUUUAGAAUGUUGCAUUGUUAAUGUAACCAUCUGUUUCCCUAUGUUCUUGUAUGUAUAUCUCUAUGUGUACCAUCAAUUAUCAGACUGUUUAUGAGUUCCUUCAUCAUAUUAUUACAA